AUGGGAUUAGAAGAAGGAAGUGAGGUUUCUGGUGAGGUACGAGUCAAGUUUCAAGUGGAGAUUAGUGAUACCUGUCCACCUCCUUUUCAAGAGGAAUGGAUUCCCUUGGCGGCUGCAUUAACUGUGUCAGAAGAACUCGGUGCCGCGCCUGCCACACCAUCAGGGUUAGUCUGUGGGAAUGGAGCCAUUCUGUCAAGCAAUGAUAAUGGCAAGCUGAGCAUUGUGGUAUCCAAAAGUGGGCGUGUGGCAGGACCCAAGUUGUCAAAGGCUGAUUUUGUAAGAGUUCUCCAGUUUGAUUCCACCGCAUGGAAGGCCACCUAUGGAGGUUGUGGUGAAUCAACCAGCAAGCCUUCCAGUGACACACCCUUGCUCUGGAAUGCCCUUGUGGUGGCACCCCAAAAGUUUCAUUGGACUCUCAAACCACAAUUCAUCUUGCAUGGACAUUCCUGCGCUUCUCAAGAAGAUGCAGAUCGAUUGAAUGUCCCUUGCUCUCCUACGGAAACACUCUUUAGUACACCGGCAGACUUGAAUGCAUUGAUGGACUUGUUGGAACAACACCCCUACCCAAAACAUCAAAUCUUUAUCCGCAAGAAUCAUGGCUUUUUUCUUCUUGCACAAGACCAGGAUGAAGCUUGUCGCAUUUUUCGAGAAGUUUUGGCACCACAGGCAGCAACCACAAUAUCAUUGUCACUAGAUAUUUGA